CAGCUUCACUGUAGUCUCUCUUCCCUACAGAGCGUAGAAAGUGCGACUGUGGCACGAAGUAGGAAACUAUUCUAUUUUUCAUGGAUGUAGACAUGGGGAACUGUGUGUUUGUAAUCCUGCUGAUUUUAGGACACAUCAAGACAGGGACAGCUCUUACUGAAGCGAGUCUGCACCUUGACUGCACCAACGACGCAGACAAACAGAUGUCUUGCGAAUAUGAGGCACAAAACUGCUCAGACUACAACGUGUCGCUGCGGAACAACGUCUACAACGAAACAAACCAUUGCGUUCCCAUGCAGUCUAGCAGUGGACGGUGUCGUUGCUCUGUCAACACAUUAAUCAUCUACGGAGAGAGUCAGACUGCAAUGAUUUGGAAAGGAGGCCAAAUGAUGGAGUCCAAAAUCAUUGACAUUUAUAAGAGCAUUAAGCCCAGAGUUCCAGAAAUCAUCUCAGUGGAGGAAGCUAAUGGAAAGUUUCUCAUCAAGUGGAAAACAAACAUGGACGGCUGGUUAGCUGAAGAAUUACAUGCCAAUGUGAUGUACCACAAAAAGGGAGACACAGAAGAGGUCAAUCAGCGUGUCGACCCGACUAUGAUUGAUAAAUUGAAUAUCUAUGAGAUAGAUGGUCGAAAUUUAGAGCCAAGCACGACAUAUGUGGUCAGUGUGAAAAGCUACACUGAUUGGAGUGACAAGUUCAGUGACAGCAGCAAAGAAUUUGAGUUCACUACCCCUGCUGCCUCCUCUAAUUCCCUGCCCUUGGCUCUCAUCAUCAGCCUCAGUAUCGCUUCAAUCCUCAUCAGCGGUGUUAUAUUCGGCUGUUUUGUAAAGUUAAAGACAAAGUGGUGGGACACAGUCGCCAAAUGUCCAAAUCCAAAACUUCUUGUUAUGCAUCCUUAUGAACAAGCGUUCUUGAGGCCUGAGUUGCUCAUCACCUCCUAUGUCUCUGUUGAACCCCUUAUUCCAGACGACUGCCCAUGGUCAAAGGGGUCACUGACAGACUCCAGCAGUGAGAAGUAUCAGCAAAGCAGUGGAAUCAGCACUGGCUCGUCUUCGCUUAGUUAUGCCAACGCGGAACCAACGGACAUUGCAGCCUGUGUUAAUGAAGCCCUGAGCAAAGCCUUCCCCAAUAUUGUGCCAAUGUCAUUUGUAACCACCAAUCUGUCUAAAGAAUCCAACAGAGACAGUGGGUCAUUCUCCAGUGCCAGAGCUGAUAACAUUCAUUCUGAUUCGUUCGGUUUUGACAACAAAACCUACUCAAUUCUCAUUCCCAGCUGUUCACAUCAGACACAGGCUAAAAUGUUGUGUGACUCUGAGUAUCAUCCGAGUGAGGCUGACAUCACGGUGACUUGUCCUGACCAACAGGCAGCAGCAUUUCUUCUUAAUUUGCCCCUGAUGGUGCCAUCUCAACUGGCAACAGACAUGUCAUAUCAGCGGUACAAAGCAGACUCAGGGCAAUUGUCAUAUGUAGGAGACUCUAGUCUGUCCUCCAACUCUAGUGGCGCCCACACCAUGGCCUCAUGUGAAACAGGUGUGGAGGCUGGAUGUGAGAGCUUUGAUGAGGUCGUCAGUUGUGAGACAAAGCCAAUUGGGAAAAGUGGUGAUGAAUUUCCUUCAGUGGAUGAUGCCAACCAGGCAUUUCAGAAGGAAGUGGGGCAGCCUGGUCCUGAGAGACAGGAAUUUUGGGUUAAAUAUCCAGUGGAAUCUUUCGCCAAGUUCACUCCUGGCUCCAUUCACAAUGUCCAAAGUGGCCAGUGUCAGUCUGAGCUUCAGAGGCAUUUGUUCUCGUUGAUCUCUGCAGAGAAGCCUGUGCCAGUUAUUACAAGCAGUGGAUAUCAAAGUGUUUAGUGCUGAACUGAGAUGGCUCGAAAGCUAAUAUUUCUUUCUCAACUGUAAGAAAACUCUUUAAAGGUCACGUAUGUAACAUUUAGAUGAGUUUAUUGGCAGAACCCAUUUAUAAUUAUGUAUUUUAGGGAAGGACUUUAUGUUUUGGUGGCAGCCAUUUGUAAGUGAGAGAGCAUGUUUUCACAUUUUGAAAAUGGCCUAUUACACAAAUAUAACAAAGAAGAACAACAUCCUUCCUGGUAUGUGCAGGCCACCAUAGCUCCAUAACACACUUGGCAAAGGGAGAGGUGACAGGUCUCACCUGUAAGAUCAUUGCUUUUCUACUGCACUUUUCUUCUACACUUUUGCACUUUAAGAAUAUGUAUCUUGUGAAUGCUUUGGACAUGUGUGUAUUUUUUUUAUAUGUGGUGGUUCAUUUGAAUAUGAAAUACUGUAUAUGUUAAGUUCAACUUUCCUUUGUAAAAGUUCUCACAGAGAACCGUAUGCGUCAACGAUUUUUGAAUGCCUGUCUGAAACAAAUGCUUGAAAUAAAAGCCAAAGUAUAGC